AUGUUGGACUUACAUUUCGACUUUAACGAAGCGCUAUCCAAUACCGCGCGAGAAACUAUAGAGCCUGGUAAUGCAUUCAAACUUAUUUUACAAUCAGAAAUUAAAAGAAUUACUACGGAUCUGACUUAUCCAAAUGAGCCCUCAAAGGAGAAGAAUCGUUCUGGAAACUUUCUUCCAGAUGGUGCAGUGCUCCACCAACACAGAAUUUCAUUCCACAAAGUGACGAAAUGA